AUGACACUGGCCUUCAUUUUCCAACAGCACGCUGAGAUUGAGACUUCAGUACACGAGCAACUGGCCCAGGAGAAUACGGUCUUGCUAGCGAGGGGUACUAAAGACUCGAAUCGUUUACACAAGAGCUGGACCAAGAGCAGGUUUUGUCGAGAUGUCACCAAAGCAUUGUCUGGAGAGCAGAUAGGAGCAAGCGAAGACAGGCCGCCAAGUUCAGACGAAGACAGUGAGGUGGACACUGAAGAUGCCACGCUUCUCCAGAUGACACCAAAAGCUCAGUCUCAGCAUUCGAUAUCAUGGCAAAGUGACACGAACUACAUGCCGCAGACUAUGCGCCCACCUCCAUUACCGGACCUUCAUUCUCCGCGUCUGCAGCAAUCUGCAGGCUCUUCUACCCUUACCCCCCUGCCUACAGACUGCUGGAGGUUGAUCGAGAUAUACUGCACGUAUACACAAUGCUGGUUGCCCAUCGCGGACAAGCUUGAGAUCCUCAAACUCUCGUACUCUUAUGCGGAACAAGGUUUGGCUCUGUCAAGCGAUAUGUCCAACUCGGGAAGUUACGCAGAGAUGUGGAGUGUAUUUGCAGUCGGCUCUACGCAUGAUGACGCGAGUCUCGCAGGAGAAAGCUAUCAUCCAUGGCCGUCCGGAAGACUUUACGACAUCGCGAGGCAACUUAUCCCCAAUGAGCUAGGCAAAUUCGAACUCGGGCAUGUCAAGGCCCUUCUCAACCUAGCAUUGUUCAACAUUCAUGGGAAAUUAUUCGAUGCUGCUUGGCAUCUUGUCGGCGGUGCUUUACGACUAGCCCUCAUGCUUGCAGAAUCGCCAGAUGCUGUUACACUUCGGCUCAAGCAUGUUAUCUCGAGUUGCUUUGUGCUCGACAGUCUUUUGGCCUUACAUCUUAAACGGCGCCCGUACCUCGACAGGGCCGAUAUUUCGUGGAUGGGCAAGAUAGAGGAAGAUGGCAUGGAAGAAUGGCAGCCAUGGGGUGGCCAUCUCAAUCUUGGUCCAUCACGUCUGUCAAACUCUCCGACACUCGCUUUGAGCACUUUCAACGCUCUCAUGGAACUGGUUGACAUUCUACGAUGUCACAGUCUGCAACCAUUCGAACCCAAUCUAUUCGAUUUUGGAAUGAACGGCCCGAUAUUCGACCCCCAUGAUCCUUAUAAUGCUUUAGUCUCGGGUGAUUUGGGAAGUUUCCUGGACGACUUCGCUUCAAAGCAUGGUGCCAAGAAAUUACAAAACCAACCGCAGUUUAUGGAGAACCUCGGAUUUUCAUCGGAAGUAAGCAUGGCCGAUCUAUUGGCGGCUGAUACUGGCCGUUUCAUGCCUACUGCAUCGAACCUAGGCGUAGAUAACAGCGAAGAGUCUCCUCAAUUCCCGCUCAACACUUUCUACGAUGCUGGUUGA